AUGGAGAGCAGCCACCAUGGCCAGGCACUGAAGGAGGCGAAGGAGGCGCAGGAGAACGAGACGAGACGAGACGAGCCGAGCCGGGCUGCCUCCACAAUUAACACAUUGGCGAUGGAGAAUAUCAGAUCCGACGCCUUGAAGGGGGGAACUUGCGAGGCCCUACACCAGGAGACCGCAUCUAUUAGACGCCGCGAUGAGGUUGCAGGCGGCAGCGGCAACGAGAACGACGACGAAAUGCGAACGAUAAAGGAAAUCGGUCAGGUUCGGAAGCAACUUUACGAAUUACCGCGAACUUAA